AUGUCAGACGACUCGGAACACAAAGUUGAUCCUCCCACGCGGAUUAAAGGGAACGAUAUUGAUACCGAACAGAAAGACGAAGGCGAGGAUAAUGGUCCGAAUGAAGUCGGCGAAGGUAUGUUUCGCCAGUUUCUCCGGAAGUCGUCGUUCUACGGUCUAAGAUACGUGUUCAGCAAUGAGUUUAAGUUGGUGGAACGCCUUCUCUGGUUUGUGGUUAUUGUUGCCGCUGGAACGAUUUGUUUCAUUGGGGUGUUUCUUUGCUGGAAGAGAAUGGGCUUCCAGCUGGUACAGAUUGUCCCGAACGAGGAUCCAUCUCCGAUCUGGAGCGUUCCGUUUCCCGCAGUUACGCUUUGUGCACAGUUGAACCAAAAUAUUCCAGACGAUAAGAAAGUGAGUUGCCUCGGACAUACGGUACCUUUGGAACGAUUUUGUGAGCAAGCUUGUUGGCACAAUCAGUGUGACAGUUGCAAGUCGCUGCUGACUGAAACACAAACUGAAAAUGGAGUGUGUUACUCGUUCAACAGUUUAGCUGCGACCGAUUUGUUCAACAGAAAUGGAGUUUCAUCGGAGAAUCUGUUGUCAAACGCAUCUAAAACCGUUGAAAACUGGAGUCUGCAAAAUGGUUAUGCCGAUUACGGAGUGUUUCUGAGAUACUACCCGCGGCCAGCAGUCGAUUUGUCGGGGAGAUACCAGCUGAGAAUGAAGCUAAGCUUCAAUGAAGCAUUCCUACAUCCAGCUUGUGGCGAUUCUCGAUCUGUUACUGUUUUUAUACAUUCUCCAGCCGAUUUCCCGUUCAAAAGUUCCAAUGGUGUGCCGAUAGAAGUCGGAGAACGUGUGCAGCUUUUACCAAAGCCCAAAGUGAUUCUGACACAGCACUUUUUGAGGUUUCGUUCACCACAGAGCACUAAAUGCUUCUUCGAAGGACAAAGACAGCUUCGCUUCUUCCGAAUCUACACCCAGAGCAAUUGUGAACUGGAAUGUCGCACGAAUUAUUUUCUUGAACACCGGAAAUGUGCUCUGGCAUACAUGCCGCGAGAAACCGGAACCAAACCAUGCAACAACAGUUACCAGUCGGAAAUAAUAUUCACCAAGGAAGAACUUAUCCAAGCAAGAACUCAAAAUUUCCCACUAUCACAAUUCUUCGUGAAAACGUGCAACUGUUUGCCAUCCUGUAACGAAAUCAAGUACAACAAUGAAGUAUCGAAACAACAGCUAAGCGAGGGAAACGACUCUGAGCUGGUCAUUCGGUAUGGGGAGGACCACUUUUAUGGCUCCAGCAGAAUCCUCCGCUACGGAUUGAUAGACUUUUUGGCACACAGUGGUGGUUUGAUAUCGCUAUUUUUGGGCAUUUCGAUACUAACAAUCGUGGAAAUGUUCACUUCCAAUCGAAUCGACAAACGCUGGGUCCGGGGUCCCGGUGGCCACCGUCGCAGGGAACAGACAACAUCGGAAUGA